AUGGCUCAACUCGACUCUCUGCAUGCCUCUGUAGGCAUACUGGGCAUCUCUGGCGGUUCUCUCCUGCUUUUGGUGAACGACUAUGGCAGCUCUCCUGAAAGAGAGCUCAUCCCCUACACUGCACUGGGGAUUCUGCUCCUCAUCAUUGCAGCCCUCUUAGCUUAUGCAGGUAUCUGCCGCAGUCUGUCCUACGCCCAGCUGUUUUCGUCUGUGUGUCUGACUGUCUCCGCCCUGUGGUGUGGUUCAGGUCUGGUGUACAUCCUGGUGGGGCAGGGAGUGCUGCAGCCCACAGACCUGAGAUCCUCUCUGAUCCCUGGUCUGGCAGCUUUCACUUUAGCUCUGCUCAUCAUCGGCAGUGUUGCACUCAUAGUAAAGAAAGCAGUUCUGGCUGUCAUAGCUAUUGGCAUUAGCCUAGCAUGUGCCCAUCAAAUCGCCGGUCUGGCAGCUGCAGGUUUUGGUCAGUCUGCCACAGCUGCUAACUACCUUGUCGUCUGUCUGGUUGGUGUUUACUUUGGUGUUGGGCGUCUGCUGUCCAUCAUCACUCAUGGCAAAGUGGAACCUCCAGGAACAGGCCUGAAGAGAAAAGCUGAGCUGAAAACAGAGCAGAACCAGGGGUGUAGCGAUGCUGUGUCAGUGGGUUUGGUGAUGAACUUGCUGUCUGCCUCUGUGUUAGCCUGUCCUCUGUUAGGUGUGGUCCCCCGGCUCUUCACUGGUCAUGUCCCCUGGCUGUGGACAGCUGGAGUCUACCAGCUCGGCAUGUGUGUCCUCUUUUAUCGAGCCAUGGACACACUAGUUGCCACGUUUUAUGGCUUCACUGCUCUGUUGAGAUUUGCAGAAGGUUACAGCGCUCUCUUAUCGUUCUACUCAAUCCAGCCUUUCUCCCCUGUUCCCUUCCCUGUCGUCUUUUCUGUGCUGUUCUUCGUCUUGGCUCUGUUCAGUUGUCAGAAAAGCUUGCUGGAGGGACUCUACCAAUUAUUCUUUGUUGCCUAUUGUAUUGCCAUUGCAGCCCAGCCGCAAGGCUUCUUCCAAGGAGGCACUCAGGGUGUACAGGCAGCUAUAUUUGUGGUCUCUGCCUGCAUGCUUUUAAUUACCACUUUCAAUAUGGUCUCCAGUACCAUGAUUCCCACAGGGCAGGGCUAUUUCAAGGCUUUAGUAACCAGGAUGCAGAGAUUUACCCUCAGAGCACAUGAUAAAGAACUGCAUACACCUCACCUGGGUUACUCCAAAUAUGCAGAUGCUGAGGUGUUAGGCCACGCUUGCAAUGUAUUGGCUGCUUUUGCUGUCACAGCCACAAUUGGUGACAGAAAUCCUCUUUAUGUGCUGGUUCUGCCCUGGGUUGUGGUGGCUGGUGGGGCGCUCCAGCUGCUCUGUGGCUCAGUUGCAUUCGCUCGGGGUAAAACCUUUGAGAGUGCAGUUUUUAUGGUCUAUGGCAUGAUGUGGACAGUGUGGGGGUUGACACGAUACGGCGGCCUGUACGGUGAAACCAGAGGCUUCAAUGUUUCUGUCGGGAUCAUUACCUUCAUGCUGUUUAACAUUUUAGUGACAGCUGCGGCGCUCUUUCUAAAUAUCGCCUGGUUUGUCUACUCCUUCACCUUCCAGCUCAUCCUCAUUAGCUUCCUGCUGGAUGCAGUGGGUGCUCUGCCUUUUGGUUAUGACAUAGGAGUCACCAUCAUCUUUGGUCUCGUCAGUUUCUAUUGUUUCCUGGGCCACCUUUUCAACAGCACCUUCCAGUCCCCCCAGAUCCCCUUUGGGAAACCUUUCCUCAAGCUGAGAGGUGUUGGGGGAGGCGCCAAUGUCUGUCCACAUGUACCAGCCCGAAAGGCCACAUCUGUCCAGCAGAUUGCAGAAAUCAUGAAAAACGGCGGCAUAUGUGGAAUGCCUACUGACACCGUCUAUGUCCUGGUGGCAGCUUGCAACAGGCCUGACGCAGUUGUUAAAGCUUACAAGGUGAAGAAGCAGGCGCAGGACAGACCCAUGUCCAUGUGGAUCUCCUCCAUCAAGCAGCUGGAGCCAGUGCGACACCUAAUGAGCCCUCUGCUGCUGGACUUCAUGCAGGCUGCGUGGCCCUCCUCCAUUAGCAUGGUUAUACUCAGAGGUCCAUGGAUGGACACUUUUGGUCUGGGAGAUGCUGCCAAACACAUAGGGACUCCACAAAGCAUAGCUAUCAGAAACCCAGACUGUGCUGUGGCCACCCACCUCAUUAAUCUGGUGGGGCCCAUCGCAGUAACCUCAGCUAACCCUACAGGCGAGGCAGACACAACUCACCACAACCAAGUUUAUGCCAAACUGGGAGACAAGGUGGAUGGUGUUCUAUGUGAUGGCCCCUCCCCAGAGAACAUUGCAUCUACUGUGGUCGACUGCACUAAGAUUGACACGGGACACAUUGGUUUCUUUAGAGUGGGUCUCAUUCCGAAAUCCAAGGUUCUUCAGAUCUUUGAAGAGGUUCAGAGGAGACACAGACAGGGGCAGACCAAUCCAGCUUUUGAGCCUGAUCUGCAUCUACCAGACACACUACAGGACCUGAGGUCAGCAGAGGACAACACAACAGAGUCAGGAAGAGGAAGUGGAAGCUCAACACCAGCCACACUUUCACCUGAACAAAGCCCAGUCCUCAGAAAUGGGUCAUAGGAUCAAUGCACUGCUUAAAAGUGCUGCCACCUGCGUCAUGAAUAUUAUACUGUAAUCUGAUAAACACUGAUGUGUUAUCAAGUGUGUCUCUUUAUCUGUGUGGUUUGUAGAGCAAACUCUAUUAAGUGUUAUUCUAAUGCACUAUCAUUUGUUAUGUGAAUGUAAUGUAUAUAUAAAGUACUUUUUGUUUGUGUUGUGACUGUGGUGUUGAGUCGAUAAUAAUAACAUAAGUGCUGUGUGGGAACUUCCAGGAUACUGUAUUAAAAUACACUACUUAAAUACUCGUAAACUAUACAUAAUAAUAAACUAUAUAAUUUAAUGACAUUAAAGUCAUUUAAAGACAGGCACACCUACACUGCCAUAUCAGCUUCUGUCAUGAAAUUAAACAAAUUGUCUGUUGCACUUUGAU